AUGGCUCUUGAUAGUAAUGGGAUUGCAUAUGGAGUCACUAGGCUUGUUCGUCCUAGAGGAACCCACAAAGCCACUAUAGUUUGGUUGCACGACAUCGGGGAAAAUGGCGACGACUCAGCUCGGUUUGUAAGAGAGUUGAAUCUUCCAAAUAUUAAAUGGAUUUGUCCUACUGCUCCUACACGUCCAGUUUCUCGCUUGGGUGGAGCGGUAACCACUGCUUGGUGCGACGUCACACAAGUUUCUGAAAACAUGGAACAUGAUUUGGCUUCUAUCAAUACUACAUGUGUGUUAGUGGCUAACCUUUUGGCUGGUGAACCUGCUCAUGGAGUAGGAGGUCUCGGCCUGGGUGCAGCGCAAGCUCUCUACUUUGCGAGUUGUUAUGUGGUUGGAGGUAUGCGCGAUAUGGGCCUAAACGCUGUUGUAGGGAUCAACGGCUGGCUACCUGCCUGGACAAACUUCCUGUACCAUAUUGAUUCCCUCACUGUGUCUGGAACUCUUGCUGCAUCGUUACCAAUCUUACUUACAAAUGAAAAUUCUAUGGUUCCCAUCCAAUUUGGAUGGCUAAGUGAACAAUCCCUUAGUAGGGCUGGAGGGAUCCUACAGCUAUUGGAAAUUGGCUCAAAACAUACCUCCAGCUCUAGGACUAACGCUAGAAUUCUCAAUAAGGCUUACAACGGACUGAGGACAAGACAUGGAGGUUUGAAGUGCUCCACCACCACCUUUGAUAUUCAUUUCGGGGAUAUCAUUGUCAAGAACGUUAGCCAUCCAAUCCUCAUCGGCCAAGAGUACGUACUUCCCUUGGAACCAAUGCAACAAGCAGAUUGUCUGAUGUAUUUGCUUGCUCCGUGGCCUUUUAAAUUCAUGGUUUUGUUCUAUCAGGUUGUGCUUAAGAUGUUGCCAGAGAUGGUAAUGAGUCUUUCUAUCAAUAUUCUUAUUCUCAUCCCCUUGAAUUCUUUGGAAGAUGAAGAUAUCUGA